AUGCACGAUUCAGGAUUUUGCAAUAAACCAGUAGGGUUAAAACAAGAAAAAGUCGAUUUACGUGAAUUGUAUGUAUGCAAUGCAGGUCUUAUGGGUGUGCCUCCUCUUUUUAUGUUAAACAGUUUGGUUGGUGGCGAGUUCGACAUGGAGCUCAAUUUCGUCAUACAGGACGCGCAGAAUAUACAGCAUAUGCUCGAGUUGCUCGACCACUGCCCACCCAGCUUGCAGGCGGAAAUCUGGUCAGUGUUCAUCGCGAUUUUGCGGAAGAGCGUGCGAAACCUGCAGGCUUGCACCGACGUCGGUCUCAUACACCAUGUGCUGCAACGGCUCCCCCGCGCCGAGACUGUUGUCGCCGAUCUGCUGAUAGAGAUGCUGGGUGUCCUGGCAAGCUACAGCGUCACUGUGAAAGAAUUGAAGCAAUUGUUUAACGCUAUGAAAGCAGUGAACGGAAAAUGGCCGCGACACUCUGCUAAGCUGUUGAACGUGCUCCGCCAAAUGCCCCAUAGAAACGGUCCUGAUGUGUUCUUCAGUUUCCCCGGAAGGAAAGGAUCGGCGAUAGUUCUGCCGCCGCUCGCACGGUGGCCCUACGAGAACGGGUUCACAUUCACUACGUGGUUCCGCCUCGACCCCAUCAACUCUGUCAACAUCGAACGGGAGAAGCCUUACUUAUAUUGCUUUAAAACGAGUAAAGGCGUCGGUUACACAGCUCACUUUGUUGGCAAUUGUCUCGUCCUCACCUCUAUGAAAGUUCGAGGCAAAGGAUUCCAACAUUGCGUCAAAUAUGAAUUUCAACCAAGGAGGUGGUAUGCGAUAGCUGUGGUGUACAUAUACAACAGAUGGACCAAGAGCGAGAUCAAAUGUUUGGUGAACGGGCAGCUCGCGUCGAGCACGGAGAUGGCGUGGUUCGUUUCGACAAAUGAUCCGUUUGACAAAUGCUACAUCGGUGCGACGGCGGAGCUCGAUGAGGAGAGGGUGUUCUGCGGGCAGAUGGCCGCCAUAUACUUGUUCGGAGAAGCCCUCACCACCCACCAGAUAUGCGCCAUGCACAGACUUGGACCUGGUUAUAAGAGUCAAUUCCGUUUCGACAACGAAUGCAACAUCAGUUUACCGGAGAACCACAAACGGGUGAGCGAGACAGCUCCCAAGCUUGACGCUGCUCCCCAAAUCGAACCCCUCGAAUCCCUAGAGCCCCGAAACCUUGAACCCAUCGAUACCGAGUCCGAUCCCAAACCCCCUGAACCCGCUUCGCAAGAAGAUAAGGGUUCCAGUGAAGAAGUAGUAGUAAAGGAGGAUGCAACGCCGCGCGGCAGGCGUAUGGCCGACGAGGCUCGCGAAGUUGCCGCGGCUCAUGCCUCGCUGAUCGUAGAUAUUGAAGCAUGCAAGCGUGGUCAGUUUCGAUUCGACGGCGAAGUGCGUGUCCCGCUACCGGCUACCGAAAUACGAGUGGACAAAUAUGGCGAUCUUUCACACGAUCCAACGCAAAAUAUUCACGAUGUGCUAUACGACGGCAAGUUAUCAUCCGCCAUAGUGUUUAUGUACAACCCCGUGGCGACGGACGGACAGCUGUGUCUACAGUCGGCGCCCAAAGGCAAUGUGUCCUACUUCGUGCACACGCCCCAUGCGCUCAUGUUGCAGGAGGUUAAAGCAGUGAUCACACACUCCAUCCACAGCGCGCUCAACUCUAUCGGAGGUGUGCAAGUGCUGUUCCCUUUAUUCGCGCAACUUGACUUGCCGCACGACGCGCCGGCCACUGACCCGAAACGUGAUCCUAUGUUAUGUUCCAAACUACUCGGCUUCGUGUGUUCUCUCGUCGAGUCCUGCAGUACGGUGCAACAGCACAUGCUUCAAUGUCGCGGCUUUCUAGUCAUCUCUCAUAUGUUGCAACGCUGCGGCAGGGACCACCUUACGCCGGACACGCUGGCCUCUUUCUUACAUCUAACCAAACAUCUGGUGACCUGUUGCUCACCUAAUUCCGAUCUCUUGCUAAAACAGCUUCUGGACCACAUCCUGUUCAACCCGGCCCUCUGGAUCCACACGCCGGCGGCGGUGCAAGCCAGGCUAUAUUGCUACUUGGCCACGGAUUUCCUCGCCGAUGCCCACAUAUACGGGAGCGUGAGACGUGUCAGCACCGUGCUCCAGACAGUACAUACACUCAAGUACUACUAUUGGGUGGUCAAUCCGAGGACGAAAAGUGGAAUCACACCUAAAGGUUUGGACGGUCCUCGCCCCGCCCACAAAGACAUUCUAACGAUACGAGCUUACAUACUUCUUUUCCUGAAACAACUCAUCAUGAUCGGAAACGGCGUGAAAGAAGAUGAAUUGCAGUCCAUUUUAAACUAUCUAACUACAAUGCAUGAGGACGAAAACCUUCAUGACGUGUUGCAAAUGCUGAUCUCACUGAUGUCGGAGCACCCGAGCUCUAUGGUACCCGCUUUUGAUGCUAAGGGCGGUGUAAGGACAAUCUUCAAGCUUCUAUCAUCGGAAAGUCAACUCAUAAGACUGCAGGCGUUAAAACUUCUUGGAUUUUUCCUCAGCAGGAGCACACAUAAAAGGAAGUACGACGUGAUGUCCCCCCACAACCUGUACACGCUGCUGGCGACGCGGCUGGCGGCGUGCGGCGAGGCGCUGGCGCUGCCCGUCUACAACGCGCUGUACGAGCUGCUCACCGAGCACGUCGGCCAGCAGAUACUCUACACCAGCCACCCCGAGCCGCAGCCGCACUUCCGCCUCGAGAACCCUAUGAUCCUGAAAGUCGUCGCCACAUUAAUCCGUCAAUCGAAACAAACAGAGCAACUCCUUGAAGUUAAAAAACUUUUUCUCUCCGACAUGACUUUAUUGUGCAGCAAUAACCGCGAGAACAGACGAACUGUCCUGCAAAUGUCAGUAUGGCAGGAAUGGCUGAUAGCUAUGGCGUAUAUUCACCCUAAAAAUGCCGAAGAACAGAAGAUUUCAGAUAUGGUGUAUUCGUUGUUCAGGAUGUUGUUACACCAUGCAAUUAAACAUGAGUAUGGUGGAUGGAGAGUGUGGGUCGAUACGUUAGCGAUUGUGCAUUCUAAGGUGUCGUAUGAGGAAUUCAAACUUCAGUUCGCGCAAAUGUACGAGCACUACGAGCAAAGGCGCGCCGACAACAUCACAGACCCGGCGGAGAGGCAACAACGGCCCAUCUCCACCAUAUCCGGCUGGGACAGACACACAGACGGACCCAAGACCAAAGUGCUACAAGAUACCGACGAUAGUGUAGACAGCACUCCUGUAUCGAUAAGAAAACAGAACGUACUUAAUCACGCCGCUCAAACUGAAAUAGGCAAAGGCCUUUCCCUAAGAGAAGUUGAAUCGUGUAGGUGUAAAAAAAAUAAUGAAGUUACAGAAGAAAGGACUACAGUAGUGUAUAGUGAAGUGUGUAAAGUGCAUAGCCCAGUUAAAAGUAAUACCGAAGUGCCCAUCGAAGGUUGUGAUAGCAAUAACGAAGUCGAACACGCGAUCGACGAAGAACAAGUAGAAGAUAAAACGUUCAACGAUAAUAAUGAAUUAGUACAGUCCAUUAUUGAAAAUAAACUAUUGGAGAGCUCAGAGUCUGGUAUUGGAAUAAUGGAACCUGACUCCGACAAAACUGACAAGCCUUUAACACGACAAGGCAGUCUCGAUUAUAUUCCAGUUAGAGAUAUAGGUGACAAUUUGAACGACAACACUGAUAAGAGCGAAGGAUUGCCUUCUAGCCUGUCUGUCAGUGAAACGGCGAGUCCAGAACGUGUGGCCGAUGGAUUAAAUAUCAUAAACGAGAGGGAAUCCGAAAUGUCCGAUCCGUCCGAAUUGUAUCUAACUCCAAGUGAAGCGACUAGUCCCAAGAAAAUACAAGAUAAGACUGACUCUAUACCAGAUGAUAUGUCGACUGAUGAUCCAAAGCAUAUUGCCAUCAAUAUUGUGAACGAUGUAUUGACAGUUGCGUUGGAAACUGUGAGGUUAAAAACAGACGAUGAUACCGACUCUGGGGCUAUUUCUGGCGGACUGCACUCAGAAGGCAACACGCCGAAUGGCCGCGAGGACUUAGAGCAAGAUAUAGAAGACAUUCUAGAUCAAAAGCAAACAGUUGAAACUAUUGCAAACGACUUAGUAAUGGAAAUAAUAACAACGGUUGUUUCUAAAAGUGAAGAGAUUAAAGAAAUUAAUACAAAUAGUCCUCAAAGAGUUUUGCCAUCGGAUCAUCCCCAUGAAGGCAACGUGUUGCCUCUUGAUGGCGAAUUUUUAGUACCCUCAAAAGAAGAAAAGAGUGAAUCGACAUCCACAGAAGUGACUGUGAUAGAAGAAAACACCAAAAACGAAAGCCAAAGAAUAGAAUUACAAGAAGAAAAUAAGACACCAGAAAUCCCCCCGAUAUCGACGAUUAGUGAGAAUAUUUCACUCGCAAAUAAGAAGGAACAGGACGACGAAGAAAGGUGUGAAGAGAGAGACAAAAGACGAGUUAGUUUGCCGGGUGAUAGUGAGAUGAAGCAGGACGGCAAUAGAGGCGAGGGUGUGUCAUCACAAGGCACAAAUACGUCGACGUCCCCGAAGCGGCCGCGUAGCGCCUCCACCAGUACACAAGUUGAUUCAAACCAUUUUGAAACAAAACGCCCGUCUAAAUGCAGCCGGCCGAUGUUCUCCCCGGGGCCCACGCGCCCGCCCUUCCGCAUCCCCGAGUUCCGCUGGUCGUAUAUACACCAGCGACUCUUGUCAGAUGUGUUGUUCUCCUUAGAGACUGAUAUACAAGUAUGGCGCAGUCAUUCAACGAAAUCUGUGAUAGAUUUCGUGAACAGCAGCGAGAAUGCGAUCUUCGUAGUGAACACCGUGCACCUCAUCAGCCAGCUCGCGGACAACCUCAUCAUCGCGUGCGGCGGCCUGCUGCCCCUGCUGGCGAGCGCCACCUCGCCUAAUAAUGAAUUAGACGUGAUCGAACCGACCCAAGGAAUGCCGGUGGAGGUGGCGGUCACGUUUCUACAAAGACUGGUGUCGAUGGCGGAUGUUUUAAUUUUCGCCAGCGCCUUGAAUUUCGCCGAGUUAGAAGCCGAAAAGAAUAUGUCCAGUGGAGGCAUCCUUAGACAAUGUUUGAGACUGGUGUGCACGUGCGCGGUGAGGAACUGUCUCGAGUGCAAGGAACGCCAGCGAUGUACAGCGCGCAACACUCGGGACUCGCCCUCGCCAAAAAGCGUAGUAGCCAGUUUAGCCGACGCGUCGAGUCCUGUGAAAGAUCCAGAAAGAUUACUUCAGGACAUGGACGUGAAUAGACUGAGAGCGGUCAUCUACAGAGAUGUUGAGGAAACGAAGCAGGCGCAGUUCUUGUCGCUCGCGAUCGUGUACUUCAUAUCGGUGCUGAUGGUGUCCAAGUACCGCGACAUCCUGGAGCCGCCGGCGCACGCGCAGGCGGAGUGCGCGCGCCGCGUGCACCACCCGCACGAACACCACGGGUCGCGGCCGCUGUUCCCGCAGUGGUCGCACCACGUGUACCCGCAGUUCCUGCCGGGUGGGCACCCCGCGCGCCACCCGCACUGCAAGCUCGAUUGCCCGCAACACGUUACCGCGCACGCGCACGCACGCAUCGCUAAUUACCACCGCGCGCACGCAGAACACAAUGGCGAUGACGUCGAAUACGCCAUGAUUGUAGUGGACGAGAAUAACUCCACUAUGAACGAAUUAGAUUCGCCGUCCAUGAAGGAUGACAAGGAAGAGAGCAAAGACGUGGCCAAAAUUGAGACCACCACGGACGAAGUAAAACCGAAUUCCGGUGAGAAAGCCAAGAUCGUGGAAUUGGCGGUUACGCCGAAUUCGGACAAGGAGGAACCGCUGUUCAAAUCGACACUUCGCGUGAAAACUCAACCGAAGCAAAAGCCGAGAUCCAAAACAUUGUCAGGAAUAACGGUGUCGGUCGUAAACCUGAGUGUGGACUCAAUCGAAGACGCAGGCUCGUUCCACCUUAAUUCCACUGAGACUACCAACAACGACCCCGAGACGUCUAGUGAGAUCGCUUUAGAUGACAACAAACUCCCGGUAAGCAAUGACGAAUCUUGGACUGACGUGAACCUGAAUGAAGACGGCGAGAGAGGUCCCGCCACAAUCACUGGACGAACAAGGGAUCACGAGGGAAACAUACAUGAAGAUAUCGACAAAACAAUCCACAUGCGAGGCUCCGAACACCAUCACCUCUCGCAGCGACAUCAGAGCAGGAGCCUGCAGACGGCGCAACGACACUUGCACCCCGACAAUGAGACGUUAGCCGGCCUCGCCAUGAACACGAUGUCGGCCGACGGUGUGUCCAGAGAGGCUUCUCUGACCCACAAACUGGAGACCGCUCUCGGACCAGUUUGUCCUCUACUCAGGGAAAUUAUGUUGGAUUUUGCUCCUUUCCUAUCAAAAACCCUCGUCGGAAGCCAUGGACAGGAACUGCUUAUGGAGGGUCUCCAAACCUUCAAGUCCAGCACGUCAGUGGUGGAGCUGGUGAUGCUGCUGUGCUCCCAGGAGUGGCAGAACUCCCUGCAGAAGCACGCGGGGCUCGCCUUCAUCGAGCUGAUCAACGAGGGCCGCCUGCUGUCGCACGCCAUGCGCGACCACAUCGUGCGCGUCGCCAACGAGGCCGAGUUCAUACUCAACAGGAUGAGGGCCGACGACGUGCUCAAACAUGCCGAUUUUGAGUGCCUGUGCGCGUCGUCGACGGCGGAGCGCGCGGAGGAGGAGCGCGCGUGCGAGCGCCUGAUCGCGGCCGCGCGCCGCCGCGACGCCGCCGCCGCCGCGCGCCUGCUCGACAAGCUGCACCACGCCGCCGCCGCGCGCGCCGGCGUGAGCUCGAACACGUCGAUCGACGGCGGGUUCUGGAAGCUGGACUCGUGGGAGGACGACGCGCGCCGCCGCCGCCGCCUCGUGCCGGACGCGCGCGGCCGCCGCCACGCCGCGCGCGCGCGCGCGCUGCCGCCGCCGCCGCCCGCCGACGCCAUACUGCAGGCGACGGAGGAGCUGCACGCGCGCAUCGCCAUGGCGGCGGGCGGCGCGCAGCUGCCGGCGCCGGCGGGCGAGCUGCUGGACGACGCCGAGCUGCUGCUGGACGAGCGCGACGCCGACCAGGACCUCACCGGGCCAGUGAACAUAAGCACGAAGGCUAAGCUCGUGGCGCCCGGCCUGGUGGCGCCGGGCACGGUCUCGCUCACCUCCACCGAGCUGUACUUCGAAGUGGACGAAGACGAUCCAGAAUACAAGAAAAUAGAUCCUGAGUUCUCAGCGGUGUGUGGCUCGAGCGGUCAGAGCGCGACAGCGGGACAAAGGCGCCCCGUCGCGGGGGGUGCGCGGGCCGCAUGCUACAUGCAUCACGCGUCCGUUCCUAGAACUAACCUCGUAUACAACUUACGUACCAUGAAAGCCGUACCGUGCAAAGAUUUUGCCUUAGAAAAUGAAAUU